AUGACAGACGUGCUCAACAUACCAGAACUGCCAGAUGAGGAUGACACCGAAGGUCUACGAGCGUACUUGACAAGUGGCAUUUCUGCGAUCCUUAACGACCCCAAACUUCAGUUGCAGCCAAAUGUUUACAUGAACCUUUAUACAUCUGUAUGGAGGUUGACGUAUCGCGAAAAGAGUAACGAAAGUGCUCGUUCAGACGUACCUUAUGCAGAUGUCAUCUAUCAUGACUUGGUCAAAAUGCUUGCUGACCAUGUACAGCUUGUGUUGGAAAAGCUUCAAUCUCAAGAGGAUAGUCUCUUAUUCGAGGCCUAUUUGACCGAGUGGGAUCAAUAUCUCAUGGCUGCCAAUCGCAUUGACCGUUUGUUGAAUCUCAUCAACCGGCAUUGGGUUAAGAGGGAUGUCGACGAGGGAAAGCCAGAUGUCUACCGCAUCCGCACCCUUCACUUCGUCCAAUGGCGGUCUUACUUAUGGGACAAAAUAUCUAUUGCCGUUAUCGAUAGCGCUCAGCUUGUGCUGGAGAAGAGUCAUGGAAACGCAGACAAGACCCACGACAUGUUGAAGAGCUUCGCGUCGCUUCAGAUCGACUACUCUGCACGGACUGGGGAUGCACGGACUCGCAUUCGCGAAAGUCUUGAGGCGCCGUUUGUGCCCGAAAUCAUAGCCCACGAACGGAAUCUUGAGAACAUUAUCGCUGCACGCCACAACUAA